AACUUACCAUAAGUCACUUGUCAUUGGAAACUGGAAUCUUUGACGUAUUUAUCAAGGAAGAUUUGGAAUGAAAAGGUUUUAUUGACUUCAGUGAUUUGGGAAAUUGAGCUGUUUUCUCUUUAAUGUUAUUUAAUUGAAGAAAACGACCUAUGGGGAUCAGGAUUGACGCUGAAGCUAGAGAAUCCACCUAAUCACAUAUGCGAGUAAAUGGCAAGUCGAAGAGAGCAGCUCUCUACUGUUUGAAGCACAGCUUUCAAGUACUCUCCAAAAAAUUGGUUCAAUUUCAAAAUAAAACAUGCACACUAAAAAUCUCACUCACAGAUGCCAGCACGCAGCAACACAUUCAUGUGUCAAAAAAACUGUGGUUAGAACUGCAAAGUUUUGUUUACAUGUAUUUCAAAAGCUACAAAUUUGCAUGAAACAGCCAGAUAUAUUGCAAAAACAAUGGCUUUAGAUCUUGCAAAUGAUGACCAAAUUAUCCUGGCUAGUGGUGGAUAUGACCAUACCAUUAGGCUGUGGCAAACAUCAUCGGGCAUAUGCCAGAAAACCCUACAACAUUCAGAAUUUCAAGUAAAUGCUCUGGAAAUUACUCCAGAUAAAAAGGUUUUGGCUUCAGCCAGUUACCAGCAUAUUUAUAUGUAUGAUUUAAUAAGCGGGAGUGCUACUCCUGUUGUAAAUUACGAAGGCACUUCCAAAAAUGUUACUUGUGUAGGAUUUCAAGAGAAUGGACGCUGGAUGUAUUCAGGUGGUGAAGAUGGGAGAGCGAGAAUCUGGGAUCUUCGGUCUAAGUCCAAUCAAUGCCCUAAAAGUUUCGAUACUCGUCAUGGAACAGGCACAAAUCUAUCCCCAAUUAAUUGUGCAGUUCUACAUCCUAAUCAAAUAGAACUUUUUAUGGGAGAUCAAAAUGGUCGAAUUUACCGAUGGGACCUGAGAACGGACCAUAACGUGCAAUUAAUACCUGAAAAUGAUGUCAUGAUACUGGGUAUAGAUAUUUCCCCAAACAGUGCUCAAAUGGCUUCCGUCAACAACAAGGGCAUGGCUUACAUAUGGAAUCUCAGUUCUUCUGGAUCGGAUGCAAGCACCACUUUGGAACCGAAAAAUAAAUUCCAAGCCCAUUCGAGGGCUGUGUUGAAAUGUAAAUACUCUCCAGAUUCCAGAAUGUUGAUUACGACGUCUGCAGAUCAAACAGCAAGGAUUUGGGAUUCACAGGAAUAUAAUUUGCAAAGAGAAUUGACGCAAAAUAAUCAAAGAUGGGUAUGGGAUGCGGCCUGGAGCGCUGAUAGUCAAUAUGUUUUCACUGCCUCUUCUGACAACUUUGUUAAAUUGUGGAAUGUUGCGACUGGUGAUAGAGAAAGGGAGUAUCCGGGACAUCAAAAAGCUGUAACUGCUUUAGCUUUUAAAGAUGCCAUUAUCUGAGUGUAACUUGUUUUUUUGCUGCUAUAUAAAUUUGUUAUUUGCU